UUAGUAGAGUAUGUCGAACUGCAAUGAAAUUGUAUUUUGGAGUACGUGGUAAAUGAAAGUUUUCUAAAAACAGAAAUUGUUUAAUAAGCUUGUUACUGAUUAAUGAAUCGGUAAACUUAUAAAAAAAAUCACUUAUGUUACGUCUUAAUCUAUGAUACAAAAUUUGCAAAUUGUGUCAACGCUUAUUUUGCUUUUUUUGUCACGUCAAUCGUUGACACGUCAAUCGGCUGAAGCGAGUUUGUCUCUUCAUUUAUAGUGUAUUAUACCACAAAAAAUUAUUACACUAAUUAUAUUAAAUAAUAAUACUUUUUUGCAUAUAAAAAUAAAGCUAAAAAUUAAUACCAUGGCACUCGCUGAGGUACCUUGUUAUACCAUAAUUAAUUCCCCCGAUAUUGAAGUGCCUAAUGAAAUGCAAUUGAAGCAAGAUUUGGAAAAAGGCGAUACAAAUGUCAAAAUUGAAACAUUAAAGAAAGUUAUUCAGUUGUUGUUAAAUGGGGAACGUUUAUCCGGUCUCAUUAUGACAAUAAUACGAUUUGUUCUACCAGUUCAGAAUCACACAAUCAAAAAGUUGUUACUAAUAUUCUGGGAAAUUGUUCCAAAAACGUCAGCCGAUGGUAAGUUGCUGCAGGAAAUGAUUUUAGUGUGUGAUGCAUAUAGAAAGGACUUGCAACAUCCAAAUGAAUUUCUACGUGGAUCUACACUUCGGUUUUUGUGCAAGUUGAAAGAGCCGGAAUUAUUGGAGCCACUUAUGCCUGCUAUUCGCGCUUGUUUAGAGCAUCGCCAUUCGUAUGUGCGUCGAAACGCAGUAUUAGCAAUUUUUACAAUAUAUAAAAACUUUGAUUGGCUUGUGCCUGAUGGACCAGAAUUGAUAGCUAACUUUCUAGAUACACAACAGGAUUUAUCGUGUAAACGAAAUGCUUUCCUAAUGUUGUUGCAUGCUGAUCAAGAAAGAGCUCUUAAUUAUCUCGCUUCAUGCAUUGACCAAGUAAAUAACUUUGGUGACAUCUUACAAUUAGUUAUUGUGGAACUCAUAUACAAAGUAUGCCAUGCAAAUCCUACUGAACGGUCGCGAUUCAUACGCUGUAUUUAUAACUUACUAAAUUCUUCAUCAAAUGCAGUCAGAUAUGAGGCAGCUGGAACGCUUAUAACGUUAUCUUCAGCACCAACUGCCAUCAAAGCUGCUGCAGGCUGCUACAUUGAGCUUAUUGUUAAGGAAAGCGACAAUAAUGUCAAGCUUAUCGUUUUGGAUCGACUAAUUGCAAUGAAAGAAAAUGAAAAUAUGGAAAAAGUUAUGCAGGAUCUUGUUAUGGAUAUACUAAGAGUCUUAGCUUCGCCUGAUAUUGAAGUACGACGCAAGACAUUGGCCUUGGCAAUGGAUUUAGUUUCAUCCCGUAAUAUUGGAGAAAUGGUAUUAGUACUGAAAAAAGAAGUUUCUAAAACACAUAAUAUUGAACAUGAGGAUACUGGAAAAUACCGGCAAUUGCUUGUUCGUACCUUGCAUUCUUGUUCGAUUAAAUUUCCUGAUGUAGCUGGCAAUGUAAUCCCAGUGUUGGUUGAAUUUUUGUCAGAUACAAAUGAAUUAGCUGCUGCAGAUGUAUUGAUCUUUAUACGAGAAGCUAUACAGAAAUUCCCACAGUUACGAAAAUUAAUAAUAGAACGUUUGCUUGAAUCGUUUCUACAAAUAAAGUCGUCUAAAAUACAUCGGGCUGCAGUUUGGAUUUUAGGUGAAUACGUAGAUUCAUGUGAUCAAAUACAAGAGGUAAUUGAUGUUAUUCUUCAAACUCUUGGCGAAAUACCCAUGGUAGAAGCAGAACAGCGCCGCCUAACAGGUGAAACACAAGAAGAAUCAGAGCAGAUUGCUGCUAAUUCAACCACUUCUCCGAGUACUAACAAGGUUACUUCAGAUGGUACAUAUGCCACACAAAGUGCUUUCAGUUUGGCCCCAGUAACUAAGAAAGAAAAACGUCCACCACUACGGCAAUACAUGAUGGAUGGUGACUUCUUUAUUGGUGCCGCAUUAUCUGCCACACUUACAAAACUAGCUUUACGCUAUGCAGACUUAGAAAAUGAUUUGCACAAACAGAAUCGUUUAACUACACAAGUAAUGCUCAUUAUGAGCUCCAUAUUGCAUUUAGGAAAAUCUGGUUUUGCUUCCAAAAUUAUAACCAACGAUGACAUUGAUCGUAUCUUUAUUUGUCUACGGACUUUAAGCGAGGGCACAUUAGAAGCUGUAGAAGUUUUUAAACAUUAUUGCCGCGAUGCUUUAGGUAAGAUGUUAGAUGCGCAGCACGAAGAAGACGAACGUGUUUUAAAGGAAAAACAAAAAUCAACCGCUAAAGUCCAACCAGAUGAUCCAGUUACAUUCAAUCAGCUUUCCAAUGGUCGCGAUAGCCUUUUGGGUGAAAAUGUAUUUGAAUCAAGUCUAAAUCAAGCACUUGCUGGCACAAAGCAUACCAACCUAAGCGAUGUUACAUCUCCAAAUAACAAACUAAAUAAAGUCACUCAAUUAACUGGAUUCUCUGAUCCAGUAUAUGCUGAAGCGUAUGUUAAUGUCAAUCAAUAUGACAUUGUGUUAGAUGUCCUCAUUGUUAACCAAACAAACGAUACAUUACAAAAUUGUACACUUGAGUUAGCUACUUUAGGCGACUUAAAAUUAGUGGAACGUCCACAUCCAGUCGUUCUAGCACCACACGAUUUCUGUAAUAUUAAAGCGAAUGUCAAAGUUUCUUCUACGGAAAACGGAAUAAUAUUUGGUAACAUCGUUUAUGAUACUUCAACUAAAACAAAUGUGGUCGUUCUAAACACCAUACACAUUGACAUAAUGGAUUACAUUAUACCUGCUAGUUGCACUGACACCGAAUUCAGGCAAAUGUGGCAAGACUUCGAAUGGGAAAAUAAAGUAACUGUCAAUACAACCUUUACGGAUUUGCAUGAGUACUUAAAACAUUUGCUAAAGAGCACAAACAUGAAAUGUUUGACACCAGAGAAGGCUUUGUCCGGACAAUGUGGAUUUAUGGCUGCCAAUAUGUACGCAAAAUCGAUUUUCGGAGAGAAUGCACUCGCUAAUUUAAGUAUUGAAAAACCAGUUGACAAUCCCGAUUCGAAAGUAACUGGACAUAUUCGUAUUCGCGCAAAAAGUCAAGGAAUGGCACUUAGUUUAGGUGAUAAAAUAAGUUCAUCUCAGAAGCAAUCCGUGCAGGCUGCAGCCUAAAUAUUUUAAUAAUUGAAAUACUAUCUACUGCUUUUAAAUUUUUUAUUUUAAUUCUAUUGAUACGAGCUAACGCUCUUUAAUCCCUAUUAAAUAUGUAUAAUCAAA